AUGCAGCUCUCUUUCGUCCUCAUUCUGCUCGCCAGCACUGCUGGCGUCAUGGCCGACCUGCACAAGUACGCCUUGUGCACCAGCAAGUUCCAGCCCAUCGACAACCCCAACACCUGCCCAAAGAAGCGGGACGUCUUGGACAGCGGCGUCUUGGACCUGGCCACCAGCCGUAUCAAGGGUCGUGGCUAUGGCGAUAACGCCGCGGCGACUAAGAAGGCCUGCGCGGCCUACCGCAACCGCAACACCGGCAACGAGCAGUGGGACAAGUGCCCUGACUGCACCAUUGGCUGGAGACAAAGUCAGGACCCCACCUACUGCGCAAUUACCUGCAACUCCAACGGGGAGCACAUUGGCGGUGACGAGUGGCUCUACUACUGCAAGCAGGCCGGAGCCGAUGACUCCGAUGCCUACUAG